AUGACAGGGACCGGCGCCGCGAUCGUGACCGGGAUUACUACGACCGACGGAGCUCCCGUGAGCGGCGGGAGAGGCGUGAGAAGGAGGCGGAGGUCGAGCCUGAUCUGGAGAGAGACCUUCGCACUGUCUUCGCCUAUCAGGUGCUCUGCCCACACACUGCUUGCUUAUCAGAUCAACCUCAAGGCGGACGAGCGCGACGUGUACGAGUUCUUCUCGCAGGCGGGCAAGGUGCGCGACGUGCGCCUCAUCAUGGACCGCUACUCGCGUCGCUCCAAGGGCGUGGGCUACAUCGAGUUCUACGACCCCAUGGCCGUGCCCAUGGCGCUCGCGCUCUCCGGGCAGCUGCUGCUGGGGACGCCCGUCAUGGUGAAGCCGUCUGAGGCGGAGAAGAACCUCGCUGCGGCGCAGAGCGCGGCGAGCGCCGCUGCCGCCGGGGGAGCGGGGUUGCUGGCGACCGGGUCGAAGCGGCUGCAUGUGGGGAACCUGCACGUGAACAUGAAUGAGGGGCAAUUGCGACAGGUGUUUGAGCCGUUUGGAGAGUUGGAGUCGGUUGAGGUGCCCAUGGAGCCAGGCUCGGCCCAGUGCAAGGGAUUCGGCUUCGUGCAGUACGCACGCCUGGAGGAUGCGCGCAUGGCGCACCAGAACCUGGAAGGGCUUGAGCUCGCAGGCCUCGCAAUCAAGAUCACGCCUGUACCAGAGGUGAUGGAACCAGUGGCGCCAGGGGAGCUCAUCGACGAACGAGGCGGUCUGGCACUUGAUGCACAGACCAGAGCAGCUCUCAUGCUCAAGCUAGACCGCACAGGGACCAGUGCUGCUGCCGCUGCAGCAGUGGUGCCUGGAGCAGGCGUUCUUGCUGCCAACCCUCUCGCAGCAAUGGCUCUGCGCCCUGGCAUGCUGCCGACAGUGCCAGUCGCUGCUGCUGCAGCAGCACCAGCACCUGCAGUGGAGAUUGGAACGCCCAGCGAGUUUAUCCUGUUGACUAACAUGUUUGACUCUUCAGAGAAGGUGGACGAUGAGUUUGAGCAGGACGUGCAGGAUGACGUCUUCGAAGAGUGCUCCAAGUUUGGCGCGGUCAAGAAAGUCAGAGUCGACAGGGCCAGUGAGGGUCAUGUGUACGUGCAGUUUGAGACAGUGGCAGCAGCAUCGGCAGCGCGCACGGCACUGCACAACCGUUAUUUUGGUGGCAAACCCAUCUGUGCCACUUUCGUGGAAGCUUCGAAAACAAAGACUGCUGUCAACGGCCAAGUAAUCCUGACGUUCUUAACGGAGUGCCAGGCGGCAUGGAAGCGCAGUCUGAGCGGAUGGGAUUCGACCUCCAACUGCAGCGACGCCGUGUUCGUCACAUGCGACCAGGACGGCAUGCUCACCACCAUGUUCCUCGCAGACCAGUUGCUCACAGGGUUCCUGCCAUCAUCCGUGGGAGCUGCCACACGCCUUAAUCCCGCCAGCAUAGGUUCAAGAAUCUACUCACCCCACCCAUGCUCUCUCCCUUGUGCUCUCAGUGAUAUCUCGGACAACAAAUUCUCAGGAGGUUUGCCUACCUCCAUUGGAAAGCUCUCCCUGCUCACUCUCCUGAAUGCGCGGGAGAACGCCCUCCAAGGCAGCAUCCCUGCCACUCUCGGUAGCCUUGACCAUAUCACCACCAUUCAGCUGGGAGGCAACAACCUCACCGGCUCCAUCCCUGCUUCCUUCUCCAACCUCGUCAACCUGCACUACCUGUGCGUUGCCCCUCCUCCCUCUGCUCCUCCUCCCUCCGCUCCUCCUCCCUCUGCUCCUCCUCCCUCCGCUCCUCCUCCCUCUGCUCCUCUUCCCUCUGCUCCUCCUCCCUCUGCUCCUCUUCCCUCUGCUCCUCCUCCCUUUGCCCCUCUUCCCUCCGCUCCCCCCUCUACUCCUCCUCCCUCUGCUCCUCGUCCCUCUGCUCCUCCCCUCUCUACCCCUCCCCUGUCUGCUUCUCCCAUCCCUUUGCUCCGCCCUACUGUGCUCCUCCCCUGUCUGCCUCUCCCCCAUCCUCUUUUGCUUCUCGUCUCUUCUCAUCUCUUGCCAUCACUCUCUAUACAGCAACAGGGUAAUGAGACUCUUUGCGAGAUAGCCAUCCAGUACAACCAGUUCACGGGGUCCAUUCCCUCUGACAUUGGACUGCUGCAGUCACUCAGCCACUUCGACAUAUCAAGCAACAAGUUGACGGGAGCCAUUCCAACGACCAUAGGCAACCUCGUCAACCUCACCACCUUCAAUGUGUCACACAACAAGUUCACCGGCUACCUACCUGCCUCCAUGAUCAGCCUUACCACACUCGACUACCUUGACUACACACAAGACCCCCCAGGGAUGGUGACAUGCCCGCCGAGUAACUGGAGGCAGUGUGCAGCAUUGACGAGCAACAACAUCGCAGUGAAAUACUGCUUCGAGUGCGCUGACUUCUGCGUCAACUGCAGCUUGCUAAUCAUUCGCCCUCCGACGGUCUCCCCAUCACCCGCUCCCAGCAGUUCAGCAGCACCCCUUCCUCCCUCCCCUUCCUCCUCGGGGCUAUCAGUGGGGGCCAUUGCGGGAAUUGCCGUGGCGGGACAAGUGUCGACGCGCCUCAAAAGCCUUGAGGCGCCUCAAAAGCUGCUGAAUCUGCUGCAGCGGCUGCAGGUGUUGGCUUAG